AUGGUCGUGGUGGUCGCUCACUUGCUUGCAGGUGAGACUACGCCUAGCGUUCACUUGCUGGCACUCAACUCUCACCUGUGGCUCCACGUAGCUGGGCUCUGCUCAGCGCCCACACCCCGGGCAACCGUCUCGACCGGCGGGCUAAACCAGGUGAGGGGGCCCUGUGCGCUGUGCCGUGUGCUCAGGGUUUGCGGACUCCGCUGGAUGGAAGGUCGGAUGGAACCUUGCGUCGGCACCGUCGUGACGUGGUUCGUCUCUGCACGCCGCUGGACAACCGGUGACGGGAUGGAUCUCCACAUCGACAUCGCCUUGACGCGCCCACCUACGCCGUCGGAGACCGCGGCUUACGGCGAAUUCAAGUCGCUCUCCACUGCAACCCGAAAUCGUGGCCCCAUAGUGGAGUUCGGCCGUGCCACAACGGCACAUGGGCAGCCCUAUUCAGGGAUGGCACUGCCAGCCCCCACGAGGUGAAGGGCCUAGAAAAGGUGGACUAAACAUUGCUGGGUACCACGCCGUCUUCAGGCUAGCCAGGGCCGCAGACGUCUAAACAUGGUCGAAACAAUCAAAAUCGAAACAACAACAAUAACAAUAGCAACAACAACCAUACUCGUUCUCCUCAAACUACCUCUUCUUCCUCUUCCUCUGCCUAUUCUUCUGCCUAUUCUUCUCCUUCGUCACCUUCUACUCCACCUCCUUCCCGUCGCCCCACUCGGUGUCACCAGACUGGCAGUGUGAGCCCGCUCACUCUGGCAGCCUGGAAUGUUCGUUCCCUUUUAGACAAUCCGAGGAGCAACCGACCGGAACGAAGGACGGCGCUAGUGGCGCGGGAACUGGCGCGCUACAAGGUGGACAUCGCCGCACUCAGCGAGACCCGAUUCUCCGAACAAGGCCAACUGGAGGAGGUGGGUGUCGGCUACACCUUCUGGAGCGGUCGACCCAGGGCAGAGCGACGGGACGCGGGUGUCGCCUUCGUCAUUCGGAACGACAUCGCGGGACGACUGCCCUGUUUGCCGCAGGGCAUCAACGAUCGCCUGAUGAGCCUCCGCCUGCCUCUCCGAGAUGGGAGCAAAUUCGCCACCAUCAUCAGCGCCUACGCUCCGCCGAAGAGCAGCCCCAACGCCGCCGCAAGAGGCAAAUUCUACGAGGACCUGCACGCCCUCUUGGCGACUGUGUCGAAGGCGGACAAGUUGAUUGUCCUUGGUGACUUCAACGCCCGCGUCGGCACAGACCAAACUGCCUGGAGAGGAAUGCUGGGUCCCCACGGUCUCCCCGGCAUAAACGACAAUGGUCUGCUGCUUCUCCGCACCUGCGCAGAACACCGCCUCAUCCUGACGAACACCGUCUUCUGCCACCGUUCACGAACUCCUCUUCGCCGACAACUGCGCCACAGCCCCCUACGCGCCGCCGCAAAUCAGCGUGAACGGAACCCAACUGCAAAUGGUGGAGAACUUCCCGUACCUGGGCAGUACUCUCUACCGCAACACCAAGAUCGACGACGAAGUCGCCAACAGGAUCUCGAAAGCCAGUCAAGCCUUCGGUCGCCUCCAAAGCACAGUUUGGAAUCGCCACGGUCUUCAGCUGAGCACGAAGCUGAAGAUGUACAAGGCCGUCAUCCUGCCGACACUACUGUAUGGAGCGGAGACUUGGACGGUGUACACAAGGCAGGCACGUCGUCUGAACCACUUCCACCUCAGUUGUCUUCGUCGCAUCCUGAGGCUGAACUGGCAGAAUCGAAUCCCCGACACUGAUGUGCUGGAACGGACGGGAAUCCUCAGCAUCUACGCCAUACUGAGACAAAUUCAGCUGCGCUGGAGCGGCCACCUGGUGCGCAUGGACGACGAGCGACUACCCAAACGACUCUUCUAUGGAGACGUCGCGACGGGUUCUCGCCGUCAAGGAGGCCAGAUUCGCCGUUACAAGGAUACCCUGAAGUCCUCCCUGAAACACCUACAAAUCAACCCCACCAACUGGGAGGAGCUCGCACUCGAUCGACCGACCUGGAGGAGGACAGUGAAGACGGGCGCUGCGAUCUACGAAGCCAACCGCAUCGCUGCCGCCAAAGCGAAACGCGAAGCCCGCAAAUCACAACUUCGCGCAGUACGCAACGCCGCUUCACAACCGCUUCCAACGUGUCCUCGAUGUCAACGGACAUUCCGGGCUCGAAUCGGACUUGUUGGACAUCUUCGGAUUAACUGCGCCUCUCGAACUGCACCAACCAUCUUCUCCCCGCCCGCCUCUUCCUCCUCCUUCUCCUCGUCCACUGCUCCAACGACGGCCGCUCAGGCGACUGUCCCGCGCGCAACAACCGACACUACCACCACCUCCCCCGACUCCAACGAUGAGGAUCAGGACUGCACCUGCCCUCACUGCGACCGCACCUUCACCUCACACACCGGCCUGGUCGGUCGCUUGCGAAUCCAUCGCACAGAGACUGGCGAAUCAGUGCCUGGAGCACCAACCUACACCCGCCGCACUCGCCUCCACUGCCCACACUGCCCUCGCGCCUUCAGGCAUCGCAUGGGCCUAUUCGGCCACAUGCGCAUCUACGACGACCUGCGGUAG